AUGAGUGGUUAUACUUACGAAGCUAACUGGACUAAUAAAUAUGUUCCUAAUGAAGUAAUAUCUUUUUUAAGAUUUUUACCUCACUCCUGCAAUUGACCAACCUUAUUUUCAACAAAUCAUUUUGAUUUUCAGACAAUCGAGCACCAAUGGCGGCCAUGGGGAAAAGGAGAUUCUAGAGAUAUGUUUGUUACUGUAGAAUCGUUGGAAUUCGACUUCUUGGAUGGCCAUUUAACCAAAAUGCUCAAAGAGCACUUAAAACGCGUGGCUUCAACACCUACAUUCAGCGAAAACAAACAGUUGUAAGUUUUUUCGUAUUAACAUUCAAAAAAAAAUUUUAGGUAACAAAAAUUAAAUAUAACUUAUCUAUUUUGUUAUCAAACGUUAAAAAAGUAAUAUUUUAGGAUACUGCUCCUCUACAACGCUGGUAUCUUGCUAAUAUUUAUAAUAUUAAUGUUUAUAUCGUUGUACAUGUUCAUAAAGAUGGUGAAGGAAAGAAGAAAGAUCAAAAAGACGUUGUUAAACAUUGUGAAUUCGGCCCAAUAUCAAAGAAUGUUGGACUUCAAUAAAAAGGCCGUAAGUUUUUUUAAAAAUUAUCGAAAACACAUUGUUUUUGAAAUUUUUAAAAGAUUUAACAAUGCUAAUAUUAUAAUUUCAGAAGCACGAAAACCACAAGCUAAGAAACCUGAUAAAACAACACAAAUUCAAGUUUAAAUAUUGGAAAGACGAUGGAAAUUUGGUAAAAAAAGUGGCCAAGAAAGUUCUACUGGAAGCAAACAAAGAAACCUUGAUCAGAUUGGCCAGAAGUAUGGACCGAAGCAGCAAAUCCGACUAA